AUGCGUCUCUUCAGUUCACUCGCUGCAGUGUCCCUGGGCCUUUGCGCCACAGCCGUUGUUGCUCAAGAACCAAAGGUUGUCGGUUACUACGAAUCGCCGAACGGCACUUUGUCUCCUUUCCCAGUAGCUGUGCAAGACGGCCAAUGCAGUGGCUUCAAGACUUGGAUUAAAGCCGCAGAUAUCCCUCAAGGCUAUGACUGUGUCUUCUAUUCGAAACCUGAAUGCAAGGGAAGAAUGACAGAUCACUAUACGAAGAACAUCUCCAGGUUUAAGUUCGAAGUCCGCAGCUUCGUUUGUAAAACCGUCUCUACUCAGCCGAGCCCGACACCCACGGCCACUCCUUCUCCCUCGUCGUAG